AUUGGCUCAGAACCCGCAACCCGCCCAGAAAGAGAAGGGCAUAAAAAAGAGCUUUAAGCUAUCCGGAAUCAUGCCUCCUACCCAAGAGGUCAUUCGCUUGACGAAAGGCAUCUUCCGAAAGGGAGAGCACAACUAUCAGAUUACUUUCAGGAAUGUGGAGGGAUCACUCAAGUUGGCGUACUAUAUGACAGCGGUCAUCGGUGGAAAAGUCCGCACCCUCGAGGAUGAAGCGCGGAAGCAAGAGAAGGAUAGGCUCCGCCAGAGGGACCAAUUCUCUGCAGCUGUGGAUGCAGCGAUGGGAUUCGGAAGCACUGAGCAGAAAGCGCAUCGUGGCCUCGGCCCCAAGGGCACUGACUGUGCUAUA